AUGGCAAGUGACAAAAAACCCUUACAUCCGGCUUUCGCCGUUUCUAACAUCAAAGUUUUGAUCCCUAUUACUCUAGAUAUCAAACAAGAUGAAUAUUCUUCAUGGGUUUUCCUUUUCCAACUUCAUCUACAAGCACACAACCUCCUUUUUCUUAUUGACGAUUCCGCUCCACCACCAGAUCUUGAUGCUGCCACCAUACUACAACUUGAUGCCCUAUGCCGUCAAUGGAUGUUCUCCACCAUGGCCAAAGAUUUGAUGCUUACAGUUCUCAAAACUGGUAAAACUGCGAAAGAGUUAUGGAAUCAUCUUAAAAAUCUUUUCCAAGACAACAAAGGAAGCUGUGCCGCUAACCUAGAAAGUAAGUUCGUGAAUCUAAGAUUUGUUGAUUGUAACAAUGUUGAUGAUUAUUGUGAUAAGCUACAGGCACUUUCGAAUCGACUAAGUGAUCUUGAUUUUCCAAUGGAUGAGAAACGUUUGGUUAUACAACUUGUCAAUGGACUUCCGGAGGAAUACAAUAUUGUUGCCUCCUUCAUCCAACAAUCGAUGCCAUCUUUUGACACUGCUCGCUCUCAAUUACGCACUGAGGAGAUUCGCCGUGAACAGAAUCAAACUACAGCUCCCAUACUGCCCUUGCGGCUGCCAACAACCAGCGUUCACCUGCUACUUCUUCUUCCGUCACCAGCAGUUUUCACUCAGCGUCUGCCCACCAGCGUUCCGAGCCCAGUUCCCUGA